AUGCUCGUGGUGUUGAACAUCUUUCGCCUGGAGCGGCUGGCGCGUGUGGACCUCCAGGACCCCCAGGACCUCCAGGUGUACAGGGCACACAAGGCGAGCGAGGCAUACAAGGCGAGCGAGGAGUACAAGGUGAACAAGGCAUGCAAGGUGAACAAGGCAUGCAAGGUGAACAAGGCAUACAAGGGGCACAAGGUAUACAAGGGGAGCGAGGCAUGCGAGGUGAACAAGGUGAAAGAGAAAGCUAAUGCUUGCGCGGUGUACAGGGCAUACAAGGCGAGCAAGGCGUACAAGGCGAGGGAGGCGUACAAGGCGAGGGAGGCGUACAAGGCGAGCGAGGCAUUCAAGGCAUUCAAGGCGAACGAGACAAGAGCUAGUUUUGAGCGAUGCUCCAAUAUCACUAGCGAUCAAGUCUAUUACGUGACGCUGUGUGCGCGUCUCAGUACCAUGAUCCCCACGCUUACUAUAAGUGGAGUCACGUGCAUUUACCAAGACAGCAAGCUCUUUGCCCGGUCAGCGGGACCAGUAACACUGUGGUAG